UCAAUUAAUAUCAAAUCUUCGUUCAUAAUAGUUUUAGGGUUUUUCUAAUUAAUUGAAAACGGCAUAAAAAUGGCCUUAAUUUACACGUCCCACUUUUCUAAUUUGUCCGUAGGAAUUGCGGCGUCGUCGGAUAUUUUUUCAUAUGGCUACCAUACAAAAAUGGCAUAUGUUGAAGAAAAUAAAUGGUCGUAUCCGUUAAAUCAAGACCUUGGAUCAUAUUUGGACACAUGCAAAGUUGGUGAUGAUUCAAAGGACGAUGACAACUCGGAUUAUUCAUACAAAUCACAGAGUGAAAGUUGUAGCAGUAAUCUUGCUUCAGACUUCCUCUCUUCUUCACCACAUUCCUCUUCCACAGGAACAACAACUAAGGACUCUCACUCAAAUGAAUCUAAUGAUGAUCAACCGAAAAAACAUGUAAAACGGAAAUCAAGAAGCCACCAUAGGUUGUCGACGGCUUCCAUUCUUUUGUGUUCCAACUCUGAUAGCAGUUCUAGUACUGAGGUUGCACCCCACCAUACUAAUCUUUCUGCGUGUAAUAUUGAAUACAGCCAGUCUACAAUCGAUACAUUUGAUGAUGGUCUGAAGACAAACGAAUCAUCUGACUCGUCCGCUUAUUUUGGUUCGUCACUAGGUAAACGACAGAGUGCGCACUCAUCGCUGUCUUCUAAACAUAACAAAAAUCAAUUAGGAAAAAUAUAUAAUAGACUUGCUCUGGACGAUUGCAUCCCAGCCGAGAAAACAAAAGCAAAGAAGCGUAGAUUUUCCACAGUGAUAUUUUCUAGCACAAGUGGUAUUAUAUCGGAUCAGGACCGAGAACGUAAACGUAAGCGAUUUGGUCGGACUUUCCAUGCACUGCGUAAAUGCGGUCUUCUGAACCUCACACUACAGACAGCUGCCUUGAUGGAGCACAAUUCAAUUUUAAAUAAACAAUUAAAAGACCUUAAAGAGGAAUCCAACAAUAUGUAUAAGUCAUUGAUGAAAUUUUCUACGAUGCAGCCAAACAGCGGGCAGACAGAAGAAGUUUUGAAAUUAAUGGACAGUUUAAAAUCAAUCGUGCAAAAUAAGGAUAAUUAAAGGAAGUGAGUACACUCAAUGGCUGUGUUAAACGUGGCUAAACUGGUCUGAGAUAAUGGGGCUUUCCGUUAAGUUCCACCCCUUGAAU